CCCCGCGCCCCUCGCCGUGCUCAGCCGCCGGGACUCGCGCUCCGCCGCCCGCCAGCUUCUUCUCACGAUGUCUACAGUUCACGAAAUCUUAAGCAAGCUCACCCUCGAGGGAGAUCAUGCCCUCCCUCCGAGUGCCUACGCCACAGUCAAGGCAUACGGGAACUUCGACGCCGAGCGAGAUGCUGCAGCCCUCGAAACGGCCAUCAAGACCAAAGGUGUGGAUGAGGUCACCAUCGUCAACAUCUUGACAAACCGGAGCAACGAGCAACGCCAGGACAUUGCCUUUGCCUACCAGAGGAGGACAAAGAAGGAACUUCCGGCAGCUCUCAAGUCUGCCCUGUCCGGCCACCUGGAGACCGUCAUCCUGGGCCUGCUGAAGACCCCAGCCCAGUACGAUGCGUCCGAGCUGAAAGCGUCCAUGAAGGGCCUGGGAACGGACGAAGACACGCUUAUUGAGAUCAUCUGCUCACGGACAAACCAGGAGCUCGCCGUGAUUAACAAAGUUUACAAGGAAAUGUACAAGACUGAGCUGGAAAAAGACAUCAUCUCUGACACAUCCGGUGAUUUCCGCAAGCUGAUGGUAGCGCUGGCCAAGGGGAGGAGGAACGAGGACACGUCUGUGGUGAAUUACGAGCUCAUCGACCAGGAUGCUCGGGAUCUGUAUGAUGCUGGCGUGAAGAGGAAGGGCACCGACGUUCCCAAGUGGAUCAACAUCAUGACCGAGAGAAGCAUUCCCCACCUUCAGAAAGUGUUCGAGAGGUACAAGAGCUACAGCCCCUACGACAUGCUGGAAAGCAUCAAGAAGGAGGUGAAAGGGGACCUGGAAAACGCCUUCCUGAACCUCGUUCAGUGCAUUCAGAACAAGCAGCUGUACUUCGCAGACCGGUUGUACGACUCCAUGAAGGGCAAAGGAACCCGAGACAAAGUCUUGAUCAGGAUCAUGGUCUCCCGUUCGGAGGUUGACAUGCUGAAGGUUAAGAGUGAAUUCAAGAGGAAAUACGGGAAAUCCUUGUAUUACUUCAUCCAGCAAGACACAAAGGGAGACUAUCAGAGAGCCCUGUUGAACCUGUGCGGAGGAGAAGACUGAACAGUGUGCUGGGAAGAGAACGCAAAUGUGCUUUUUCUUGCUCCCCCACCCUCUGCAAAGUAGGUUCACCGGCGCCGUAGCCCUGCCGCCAGCUCAGCUUCUGUGAACGCGGGGCGGAGGCCGCCUGGUGCCUUUGCCGGUGCUUUCCUCGAAUUUGCCUCGCUUGGCUUUUUCCCCAAGUAGCUAAUCGCAGCAGCAGCAACUAAGCCGAAGAAGCUAACAUUCCAGAGAGAGGCCGACGGACCUGCGUCGUGACAAGUCCCUGUCCAAAAUACCAAUAAAAUGGAGUUUUUACUUUAAGAAAA